AUGGAACUUCCGAUUCCGACUUGUCAGGAGAUUUUAGUCACCAGAGAUCGGUUCAGAAUUCAGGAUUGCAACUUGGCGGAGGUCGUGAGCUGCGUUCAGUACAAUCGAACGCCGUUGUGGUUCGAAGAGUGCACCGAACCGUGCGUCGACGUCCGCCAGUUUCUUCUCGACGAGUUUCAGAGAAAUGGAGAGGACCUGUACGACGAGGAGCUUUAUCAUUUCGAUCGUGACGCGAAUGGUCGGAGCGGCAUUUCGAACGUGACGUUAUGCUGCGGCAACCCCGAGGAACUGCUCAGACAAGCGUUGGCGAAGAAGCUGCUCGGUCGAAUGUACAUGAUCGAUCGACACACCGUUAAUUACACCGCGUUGCUGUUGGCCUUCUGCAAGGACCAGGAUCCGCGAGAGGGAUUCGCGAAGGCGCUAGCGCUUGCUCUAGGGAACAGAGUGUGCACGAACGUGGAAGAGGGGGAGAAAUACGCGAAGGAGCUUUUCGAAGAGAAACGUUUGUCGGAAGAGGCUGCCGAGGUGGUAAGGUUCAUUCUAGACGAGCUGAUAGAUCAGCUGGACGAGGAAAUUGGCGAAGGACUGUCGACGACGGAGAGGAGAGGUACGGAGGAUGAAAGCGAAGAGCAGUUGAACGGGGAAGUUUCGAAAAGCAGCUUGUCGGAACGCAGCGUCCCCGAUGUCAUAAUUUACUGGCUCUCCCUGGACGUUUGUCUCACGGUGCUAGCCGCGGCACUUCCGUGGCACGUGGUGCAGCCGGAAGUAAUCGGAACGUACGAGAGUCUCUGCGAUAGUUUGACUCGGGUGUUCAAGGAACUGAGGGACGAGGAGCUGAACGACGAGAAGGACGUCGUUUUGGUGCAUCGAUUGUUGAAUCACGAUUUCAUGAAACGAUUGCUAAUCAGCGUUAAUAAAUUCACCGCGAAGAAGACGGGAGACAUGGUCGACGAGAUGUUGCGAUCGAGGGAGAAUGCCAAGUCCGCUUAG